AUGGAGUCCCCUGUCUCCACACCAGCAGUGCUGCCACUGCACCUUUUGGUGCCAAUGGUCAGUAAUGACAUCUCAUCCCCCUGUGAGCAGAUUAUGGUUCGCACGCGAUCGGUCGGGGUCAACACAUGUGAUGUGGCCCUAGCCACAGAGCCUGAGUGCCUUGGCCCCUGUGAACCUGGGACAAGCGUCAACCUUGAGGGCAUCGUGUGGCAAGAAACAGAAGAUGGGAUGUUGGUGGUAAAUGUAACAUGGAGGAACAAGACAUAUGUAGGUACACUUCUUGACUGCACACGGCAUGAUUGGGCACCCCCCAGGUUCUGUGACUCCCCGACCAGUGACUUGGAAAUGCGCAAUGGUCGGGGUAGAGGCAAACGCAUGCGUCCCAAUAGUAACACACCUGUCAGCGAGGCAGCCACAGCUUCUGACAGCAAAGGGACCAGCAGCAGCAAAACCCGAGCAGGAGCCAAUAGCAAAGGUCGUCGGGGCAGCCAGACUUCUUCAGAGCAUCGCCCACCUGCCAGUAGCACCUCUGAGGAUGUCAAGGCCAGCCCCUCCUCUGCUAAUAAGCGGAAAAAUAAACCUCUUUCAGACAUGGAGCUGAAUUCUAGCUCAGAGGACUCCAAAGGGAGCAAGCGUGUCCGUACAAAUUCAAUGGGCUCAGCCACUGGCCCCCUCCCUGGGACCAAGGUGGAACCCACUGUUCUAGAUAGAAAUUGUCCCUCCCCAGUCCUGAUUGACUGUCCCCACCCAAACUGCAACAAGAAGUACAAGCACAUCAAUGGACUUAAGUAUCACCAAGCUCAUGCCCAUACAGAUGAUGACAGCAAGCCUGAAGCAGAUGGAGACAGUGAGUACGGAGAGGAGCCCUCCCUCCACACAGACCUCGGAAACUGCAAUGGUGCAUCUGUCCCACAAAAAGGUUCCUUGUCCCCUGCCCGCUCAGCAACCCCCAAAGUUCGGCUCAUAGAGCCCCAUAGCCCUUCUCCUUCAAGCAAAUUCAGCACAAAAGGCCUCUGUAAGAAAAAGUUGGGUGGUGAAGGGGACACAGACCUCGGGGCCUUAUCCAAUGAUGGCUCUGAUGAUGGACCCUCAGUAAUGGAUGAAACAAGCAAUGAUGCCUUUGAUUCUUUGGAAAGGAAGUGUAUGGAGAAAGAAAAAUGUAAAAAACCCUCUAGCUUGAAACCUGAAAAGAUUCCUUCCAAGAGCUUAAAGUCAGCCCGGCCCAUUGCCCCUGCCAUCCCACCACAGCAGAUCUACACCUUCCAGACGGCUGCCUUCGCAGCAGCAAGCCCCGGCUCCUCCUCAGGCCUGGCCGCCACAGUAGUCCAGGCCAUGCCUAACAGCCCGCAGCUCAAGCCCAUUCAGCCCAAACCCACUGUGAUGGGAGAACCCUUCACAGUCAGCCCUGCCUUGACACCAGCCAAGGACAAGAAAAAGAAAGACAAAAAAAAGAAGGAGUCUUCAAAGGAACUUGAAAGUCCUCUGACCCCUGGGAAGGUGUGUCGAACAGAAGAAGGCAAAAGCCCUUUCAGGGAAUCGUCAGGAGAUGGGAUGAAAAUGGAAGGGCUCCUGAAUGGCUCGUCAGACCCCCAUCAAAGCCGCCUGGCCAGCAUCAAGGCUGAAGCCGACAAGGUCUACAGCUUCACUGACAACGCCCCCAGCCCUUCCAUUGGAGGCAGCAGCCGCUUAGAAAGCACUACCCCUACCCAGCCCAUGACUCCUCUACACGUAGUGACCCAGAAUGGAGCUGAAGCCGGCUCCGUCAAAACCAACAGCCCUGCCUACUCUGACAUCUCUGAUGCUGGGGAGGAUGGGGAGGGCAAGGUGGAGAGUGUCAAACCCAAGGACCCGGAACAGUUGGUUAAAGAAGGGGCUAAGAAAACUCUUUUCCCCCCUCAGCCACAGAGCAAAGACUCAUCAUAUUACCAAGGCUUUGAGAGUUACUAUUCUCCAAGUUACGCACAGUCCAGCCCCGGGGCUCUGAACCCCAGCAGCCAGGCAGGAGUGGAGAGCCAGGCCCUGAAGACAAAAAAGGAUGAGGAGCCUGAGGGCACAGACGGGAAAGUGAAGAGUGAUGCCUGUGAGGAGAAGAAGCCAGAGCUGAGCAGUUCCAGCCAGCAGCCUUCUGUCAUCCAGCAGCGGCCCAGCAUGUACAUGCAGUCCCUGUACUACAACCAGUAUGCCUACGUGCCCCCCUACGGCUACGGCGACCAGAGCUACCACGCACACCUCCUGAGCACUAACGCGGCGUACCGGCAGCAGUACGAGGAACAGCAGAAACGGCAGAGCUUGGAGCAGCAGCAGCGGGGACUGGACAAGAAGGCAGAGUUGGGCCUGAAGGAGCGGGAGGCAGCGCUCAAGGAAGAGUGGAAGCAAAAGCCGUCGAUUCCCCCAACCCUCACCAAGGCCCCCAGCCUGACAGACCUGGUCAAGUCAGGGCCUGGCAAGGCCAAGGAGCCGGGCGCCGACCCUGCCAAGUCAGUCAUCAUCCCCAAGGUAGACGACUCUUCCAAACUCCCCAGCCAGACCCCAGAAGGGCUUAAAGUGAAGCUGAGUGAGGCUGGCCACCUAGGCAAGGAGGCCUCUGAGGCGAAGACAGGUGCUGAGUGUGGCCGACAGGCAGAGGUGGAUCCAAUACUCUGGUACCGACAGGAAGCAGAGCCCCGGAUGUGGACAUAUGUUUAUCCUGCCAAGUACUCAGACAUCAAGUCAGAAGAUGAGCGGUGGAAAGAGGAACGGGACCGCAAAUUGAAGGAGGAACGGAGUCGGAGUAAGGACUCUGUCCCCAAGGAGGACGGGAAGGAAAGCACAAGUAGUGACUGCAAGCUGUCCACGUCUGAGGAGUCCCGCCUGGGGAACAAGGAGCCCAGACCAAGUGUCCACGUGCCUGUGUCCUCGCCCCUCACCCAGCACCAGUCCUACAUCCCCUACAUGCAUGGCUACUCCUACAGCCAGUCCUAUGACCCCAGCCAUCCCAGCUACCGGGGCAUGCCUGCUGUGAUGAUGCAGAACUACCCAGGUUCCUACCUGCCCUCCAGCUACUCUUUUUCCCCAUAUGGCAGCAAGGUCUCGGGGGGUGAAGAUGCCGACAAGGCUCGCGCCAGCCCCAGUAUCAGUUGUAAAUCCAGCUCAGAGUCCAAAGCCCUAGACAUCCUGCAGCAGCAUGCCAGUCACUACAAGAGCAAGUCUCCCACGAUAAGUGAUAAAACUUCUCAGGAGAGAGAUCGGGGAGGCUGUGGGGUGGUUGGGGGAGGUGGCAGCUGCAGCAGCGUCGGGGGAGCAGGCGGGGCUGAAAGGAGUGUAGACCGGCCCCGCACCUCCCCUUCCCAGCGCCUGGUGUCCGCACACCACCACCACCACCACUUGGGGUACUCGCUGCUCCCAGCACAGUACAGCUUACCCUAUGCAGCAGGGCUUUCUUCUACAGCCAUUGUUGCCAGCCAGCAAGGCUCAACUCCCUCACUCUACCCACCCCCUCGGAGGUGAGAAUGAACACCAAGUGCCCGGAUAAAGUCAGCUUCACGGGCCCGGACUGGCUCACCCAUGGAGGUGCUGGAGAUGCCAUUUAUACAUCAGUUAAAUGGUGUUGAUCAUCCUGUUUGCCAUUCCCACCGUCACUGAAGGCAGACCUUUGGCUAUCUCGCCUCCACCAGACCCCCGGACUCCCCAACCCUCCCUCUUCCUCAGGAGCUGGAGAGCUGAUAAUUAGCAAAAAUAUUUAUUCUCUCAGCCACAGUUGUGCCUAUUGUGGCCUCUGUGGAGAUGAAGGCACGGGGAGCAACCAGGGGAACAUGGCCUCAGCCCAGAGAAGUCCUGCUCUGCUCCCCAAGCUCCCUGGCUAGCUGCCAGAGCGGUACAACCCCCCCUCCAAGGGAGGGACUCCCUAAGCACUGGGUGAGAUCUGAAGACAGCACAGCAGCCAUACCCCUCUCACCGUCAUUACCAUCAUUACAAGAUCCUGCAUCUCCCCAGUGGUUUGGGCCCUGGGAACUGGCAGCAUGUGGAGGAAUUAGAAUCUCAGGAAAGAAAUUGGGAGCUGUUUUCUCUGUAAUUGUGAAAACAAGGUCUUCAAAUGUGAAGACUUAUCCCCUCUCACAUGAGCACAUACGAAUGCUCAGAACCUCGCCUGGAAAGGAAGACCAAGGCAUUUGCCCCACCAUGGCCUUGGGCGACUUGUCAGGCAGAGGGCUGGGAUCCCAGCACCAGCACGGGGCUCCCUGGGGACACUGGGAGUGAGCUGGAGCUGGAGCAUGAUGGAGUCUGUGAAAUAGGACCUGCACCCCCGCCAAGUCCUGCAGCUUCCUAGCCCCCAACUCCUUGCCCUUUCUCUCCUUUCUCCUGACCCCUUGGUGCCUUUUCCAGGGGGCUCCCCAUGCUCUCUCUCCUCUUUCCAUUGCUUGGCUCUUAAGACUCAGGCAGGUAAAAUAGUAUUCCUCACCACAUGGGGAGCUUGGGAGUCUGCCAGAUCACCUUAGGGCAAGGCUCCGGGGGCAGGCCCUGGGAGCACCCAGCAGUUCUUAGAGAUGUCCUGUUCAUGCAGCCAUCUGAGUUUCCUCCUCAUGUAGGGCCACAAAUAAAUACAGUCCUUUCCUCUAUAUACAAGUACAUGAUUUUAUAUAGCUCAAUCUAGAACCCAGUGUGUGCCAAUAUAAGCCGUGUUUUCUUUGUAAGACACGUUAUUAUUUUAGGGGCCACUGAGAGUGGGAGGUUAUGUGUUCCUUAGACCCUGGGAUAACACAGCCAAGCCAUUACUCCUCAGAGCCAUGCAGUACCCAGUGGAGCUGUGCUUGGAGGCAGCAGACAUUUCUCUGCUCUCCUAAGAAAUCCAGGCACCUGGUCCAGGCUGUACGCACUUUGCCCUGGGUAGUGACAAUAAUUUGGUAGCUUUAUUGGAGUCACUUCUUUCCCAAGGUGUGGGGAGCUUUAGCUCUUAGUUUGCUCUGAGUGUCAUCCUUUAGUUCUCCCUGCUAUCUUUCCUUGACCUUCUGGACUGAGAGAGAAAGACUAACCUAGGCUAGAGAAGGGUGUUUGUGACUAGAGUGCCGAGUGACAACCUAAGAGCAGGGCCACGGCUCUGACUCCGUUGGGGGCACAGAGGUGGAGAGCAGUUAAGCACAAUGCCCAGCAGAGACUGCUUUCCAGGGUCCCCGGAGACCUGCUGGAGAGGGUUAGGGUCAUUCACCCAAGAGGAGCCCCUUUGAUCCAUAGACCUUUCCUCUAGGUUUCCAUUUCCUUGAUUUUGUUCAAGUUGGGUUCUGAGCCCUCCCCCAAACCCGUUUAGACCUCUUAGCCAGCCUCCCAAGCAGCCUCCCUUUCCCCCAUCAUUCCCUCUGCCUCCUGUUGCCCCAGGGGCAGUGCUAUAAGCAGUGGCUUCCCUUUCAUCCAUGGAAGUAGUUAGUGUGGACACAUCCACCCCACUGAGGAUGACUCUGAAUUUCAGCCUGAUUAUGCCCUCCCAGGCUCCUGUGGGGUUUAGCUAAGGGCCCAUUUGUUCUUGUUUGUUUUUAAAUUAGAUUGUUGUGUGUUUUGUAUCUGUGGCGCUGGCUUACAGCGUGCUCUGUACAUACUGUAAAGAAACUGUUGGAGUAAUUUUCUUUCCCACUGGGCAGGCAUAGAUGGCCCUGCAUUCCUGCCCCUGCCCCUUUGUUCUUUAACACAGAGAAGAGUAACUUCUGCAUUAGCAGGGCAGCCUUGGGUUCUGCUGAAGGGAACAGCUUUUUCUUUUCUCUUUUUUUCUUUAACAUUUGGCUCUAUGAUCCUUAUAUCCAAGUCUCCACUGAAGAGCAGGAGCUGAGCUGCCCAGAAGAAUAGGUGAAAGCAACAGUGGCAGAAGGGCACAGCCUUUACCCUGAUCCUUCUGGUCCCGUCCUUGCCAGGUCCAAUCUUCUCUCCCUGAAAUAACGUGCAGCAGCAGCAGCAUAGAGGAAAGAGAGCUCCUCAACAAGUGCUGAGUGGAGGAUUUACUGUCCACCCCUAGCCUGUACAUGGGGGGGAAGCAGCACAGGUGAGGGCCCCUGCGGCACCCAUCACCUGGUUAGAGGGCGAGACACCAAGCGAGGCUUCCCACCCUGUGAGCAGAAGCUGGGGAACUGCUGCCAAGGGCCCAGACCGCCAGACCAAGGCCCUCUCUGAGACACCCCUGCCCAGGCCUCUCUGUAGACCUCCCUCAGGGGCUCCCUACAGAGAAGCUAGAAGGGCAGAGCCUCAUCCCCACGUGGGACGUCCAGGCUUGGGGACUGCUCUUUAGGAUUCACAUCUGCUGCUUCCUCAUUGAAGGUGUGCCAGUUCCCUCCAUCUCCUCCCUGCCUGUACGUGCACGUGUACAUGUAUGAAUUUCCUUCUUACCUCACCCUCCCAUCUCAAGGUCAAAGGGUCACAAGCAGAAGGGUUAAGAGGGCACCCCAUGAAAUGAACUGGUAGCUCUUGGAUCUUCUCUCUUCAGGCUCCAAGGUGGGGAUGAGAAGGCUUGGCCUUGGGAGUGGGAGGGUAAGGCAGAAGGGCUAGAGGGCUUUGAAGUCACCCAUGUCACUUAUGCCACAUACCCUGUCACUGUCCCAGUGUCUACUCUGAUGUCCCCCCCCCCACCCCAAUUCAACUGGGCAGCUAGUUCUAGGCCCCGCUAAGUCUGGGCCUAUCAUUUAUUUUAGGGCUUCCCAGGAAGCUUUCUGAUGAUCCUCUUCCAUGGGCCCCUCCUAGGAUUGAGCCUCUCCCAGGCCCCGUCCCCAGCCCCUCCUGCCCCAGCCCACCCGCUUGCCUUGGUGCUCAGCCCCCCAUUGGGAGCAGGUUGGGGCGAGCUGGAGGCCCGGGCUGGAGGGGCAGUGUUGCUGUUCACAGCUUUGGUUCCAUUAGCGUUGCUGUUGGAUUUAAUUUCAGUCUUCCUGAUUCUUCCCUUCUGUAAAGUGUACAUUACCAAGUUCCUUGUUUUUUUAUAUAUAUAUAUAAAUAUAUAUAUAUACAAACUGUACUCUUUUUGCCUUUGUACAUUCAGGCAAGAAGGGAAAAUAAAUCUUUUUAAGAGACAAUCACAAAUCUGUGAGGGCUGCUGGUUAUUUCUCCUGGAGUUUGCUGCUGAGCUGCCUCCUCCUUCCUCCCUUUUCCAUUUUCCUAGUUUUCCUGACCUUCCUGGUCCUGCUCCAUAUGCAUCCUCAGCUCCACCUCCCUUGGCUGAUGGCAAGCUGCUGAAUCCAGUGUCCAGACCACCUGCCCUGCAGCCCUUUCCUGCCCAGUGUUUUCCAGCAUGGGCACUGGCUUACCCGGGAACUUUAUCCCGUGCCGUGGCCCCCCUCCUGUCUUCCCCACUUAGAUCCGUUCACCGAAGUGGCUUUGGACCCCUGGGUGCUCUGGAACCUGUCCCCAGAGGCUCUGGCUUUGGACACUCACCUGUGAAACUAUGCAGCUGGGAGCUCUCUGCCUGAGAGUUUGCACUACUUGAGCCUGCCUGGGAGUUACAAAGGAAUGAGUGGGAAACAGUGCCCUAGAUUCCAGCGCAGCGUGCUCUGGUCCAGAGUCCAGAGACUCGUUCCUGGCUUGUGGACUCCCACGGCUGCCCCAUCAGAACAAGGGCUAAGGGUUUAUGGGUCAAGAGCAUUCGAUAGGAAUUUCGAAGGGUGGUGGGUACAUUCGGAAACACAGCGGAAGAACUUUGUUCUGCCUCUGGAACUUUUCUCCUUUUCCUCUGAUUUCCUCCUCCCUGUUUUUUCCCCUUUCUCCUUCCUUUUCUUAAUUGGCUUUGGAAUUGAAGUAUAUUUUUAAAUUAUUUGUUGUAUUUAUUGAAUAAAGUUUUUAAUGUCCCUGUUCUUAAAUUUA